AUGCCAUAUCCGAUGCAUUACAUAGAAAAAUUGGCCACGAAAUUUAAGCGUGAGGUUGAUCACGUGGAGGCGGUUGUGGAUCGCAUAGAGGCUGUUCAUCAUUGCAACAACGAAGAGCGCAUAGACAUCGAGGAUGCCGCAAGCUCGGCUUCUGAACGUAACGCCAUCUACAACCCGGCGCAGCGACCGCAGCAACCGACACCCAAAACAAAGGACAACUCCGCUAGGCACGACCUGGUAUCGACACACCAAAAUCUCACCCAGAUAAGUCAGUACCUACUCAAGCUAGAGGUACGCACCAACAAAGUUUCCAAGAUUCACGUCAGAAAGACAUUAGACGCAACAAUAGAGAAUGCGCAGUACUCAAGGGAAGAUGCAGGCUCAUGUAACCAUCAGCUCAUCAGGGAUAUAGAGUGCCUAAGUAGUGAUGUUUGGGGUCGCUUGCAUCACCUUGAUCGAGAGUUCCGAAGACUGGGUCGGGAGAACAGGGAUGCCGACGGGCAAUCCACCUCCUUUCAGCUAAACGGGGAGAGCUUCGUCAAGAAGUGGAUUGCUCAGGAAAUUGACAGAAAUGCGCAGAGGGGAGACGAAACUUGCUGGUACACCGUCAAGGACAUGAACAACAACCGUAGUCUUCUGGAAUGGACAAACUAUCUUAAAGAAAUCUACGACCAAGAUAGCCACCUGCCCAUGGAUGAGAAUAGGAUUGUGCAACUAUCCUGGCAUUUUCUUGAUCGGCGAAUUCGGCCUCCGAGGCCUGAGCCCUCAAUGUCAAUCGCUGGAUUCAUCAAUCAAUGGCACGACUUGCGGGAGAUUGGCGCUUUUGAACUGGCCGCUGCCGACCAUGGGAAUCAAAGGCGCGAUGACGAAGAUGCAUUGAAGAUAUUACAGACAAUGUGGUCUGCAAAGCUCGUCAUUUGA